AUGGGUAUGAACAAAGUUUUUCGCCGGUUUUUUAAAAAUCGUAACAAGGCGCUGCUGGUCCAGAAGGACGAGAAAAUUGAGGAAUUGACACGUCAAAUUCAGAGUUUUGAUCGCGAAGUGAUGCGGGAACAACGGCUGCAGGAUCUGCAGCAGCAGCUGCAGAUACGCGAAAUCGAAAUAUCGGAUUUACGGUCGCAGUUGGACAAAUUCCAAAGUGUUAUUCGCGUUCAAAAUCCGACGAGUCCUAAAGGUAUGAGACCUCGUAAACAAAGGGCGGGUAUUUCGGCGGAACCGCAGAGUGAGGCGUCCAUAUUGGAGUUAAGCAAGCAGACAUUUACUGUGCAUCCUAAAGAUGAAAGUUCCCGGGAACUUAUCAAGUCGGCAAUUUUGGAUAAUGAUUUUAUGAAGAAUUUGGAGCUCACUCAAAUCAGAGAGAUCGUGGACUGUAUGUACCCAGAAGAAUAUAAGACUAAUGAUAUCAUUAUUCAGGAGGGAGAUGUCGGUAGCAUAGUGUAUGUUUUAGAAGAGGGUAAAGUAGAAAUUUCAAGAGAAAAUAAAAUAUUGCAUCAUUUGGACCCCGGUAAAGUACUUGGAGAAUUGGCCAUUUUGUACAAUUGCCAGAGGACCGCUACUAUUAAAGCUCAUACGGACUGUAAAUUAUGGGCAAUAGAACGACAAUGCUUCCAGACUAUUAUGAUGAGAACUGGUCUGAUCCGACAAGCAGAAUAUACCGAUUUCUUAAAGAGCGUACCAAUCUUCAAAACACUUCCAGAAGACACUCUUAUCAAGAUUUCCGAUGUUUUGGAAGAAACUAUAUACGCCAAUGGCGACUAUAUUAUCAGACAAGGUGCCCGGGGUGAUACGUUCUUCAUUAUAAGUAAAGGAAAAGUUAAGGUUACCAGAAAAAUGCCAAAUUCUAACACUGAAGAGUUCAUAAGGACACUCGGUAAAGGAGAUUUCUUCGGGGAGAAAGCUUUGCAAGGGGAUGAUUUAAGAACUGCCAAUGUGAUAGUGGAUGAUCCAGAGGGCGUCACCACCCUGGUAAUAGAUAGAGAAACAUUUAACCAACUGAUAUCAAAUCUAGAUGAAAUUAGAACUAAAUAUAAGGAUGAAAAUAUAGAAAGAAGAAGAGUGAACCAAGAAUUCGAAGGCGUCAAACUAUCCGACUUAGUAAUUCUUACAACUCUCGGAGUUGGUGGUUUCGGCAGAGUAGAACUCGUUCAAAUCAGAGGCCGCUCAAACAAAUCCUAUGCACUUAAACAAAUGAAGAAAGCACAAAUCGUGGAAACUCGACAACAGCAACAUAUCAUGUCAGAGAAAGAGAUCAUGGGAGAAGCAAAUUGUGAUUUUAUUGUUAAGUUGUUUAAAACUUUCAAAGACGCUAAAUAUUUGUACAUGCUAAUGGAAAGCUGUUUGGGAGGAGAACUUUGGACUGUUCUAAGGGAUAAAGGCCAUUUUGAUGAUGCGACAACAAAAUUCUGCACAGCUUGUGUCGUGGAAGCAUUUGACUACUUACACUCCCGGAACAUCAUUUACAGGGAUUUGAAACCUGAAAAUCUUCUUCUCGAUAACAGCGGAUAUGUGAAACUAGUUGAUUUUGGAUUUGCGAAAAAAUUGCAAACCGGAAGAAAAACUUGGACCUUCUGUGGAACACCCGAAUAUGUAGCUCCCGAAGUUAUCUUGAACAAAGGUCAUGAUAUCAGCGCAGACUAUUGGUCACUGGGUGUUUUAAUGUUUGAAUUGCUGACAGGCACACCUCCGUUUACUGGUUCGGAUCCAAUGAGGACUUACAAUAUAAUCUUAAAAGGAAUAGAUCAGAUUGAUUUCCCUAGAAGUAUUACCAGAAAUGCUCAGGCUCUGAUUAAAAGGCUUUGUAGGGAUAAUCCCGCGGAACGUUUAGGGUAUCAAAAAGGAGGAAUUAGUGACAUCCAAAAACACAAAUGGUUUGAUGGAUUCAAUUGGGAGGGUCUCGUAAACCGGACUCUUACACCGCCCAUAAUACCAACUGUGCACAACGUAACAGAUACGUCUAACUUUGAUAACUAUCCUCGUGAUACGGACGACCCUCCACCGGACGAUAUAUCUGGAUGGGACAAUAAUUUCUAG